UCGCCAGAUGGUUUUCCUCUGGCAGCUGUUCUUUCAUAUGGGCCUCUUUAUCAACUAAACAACUUACGGGAGUGUUGCUAGGCUUUCCCCAUAUUCCUGUAGCGUUGUGAAUGUACUUUGUUUAGAGUUCCGUUGAAAUUGCUUUGGGUAAAAAGUUAUAGAAUAUUCGGAAUUAUAUUGAAACAAUGGAUCAUAGGUAUAAACAGCCUCCGUGGGACGUGCACAGAAAUUCAAGCACGGCUCCUCUUAAUUUACCUUUACCAAAUUACUCUGGAUAUGGACUUUUUAUUCAUGAAGACUGGCUCCUGAGGCUGAACAGAAGGCACCAAGUGUUGGGCCGACCUAUAAAAGCCUCAGCAUCAAAACCAAAACAAAGAUUCUGGAUUUACAGACCCCUGCCAGUUUCCGUGCUGACUCCUCAGCUUGGAUCUGCCAUUCAUUCCUUCUACGCAAAUUAUCCACAAGUGGUUUUCCCUCCUCACUGGCCAAUGAACAUGGGGCAGAAAGCUUCAGGUGGUAUAAAGACUGUUUCAAUAGCAAGGGUAUCAUCAGCAACGAUUCACCGACCAAUGGCUAAAGAUUUAGCCAGUAAUCCGGACUUACAGAGACCAGGUCGCCUAGACGUGCUGUUAGAUAUGCCUUCUGCUAGUCGUGAGCAGCAACUAAAACAUGCCUGGAAUCCUGAUGACCGUUCCUUGAAUAUAUUUGUGAUGGAAGACGAUAAAUUGACGUUUCAUCGGCAUCCUGUUGCUCAAAGCACGGAUUGCAUUCGAGGAAAGGUCGGAUAUACUCGUGGACUUCAUGUGUGGGAGAUACAUUGGAGUGUGAGACAAAGGGGUACUCAUGCAGUGGUGGGUGUUGCCACGCGCGAAGCUCCCUUGCAUACUGUUGGCUACCAGUCUCUUGUUGGUAGUAAUGCAGAAUCUUGGGGAUGGGACUUAGGACGUAACAAACUAUAUCAUGAUGUGAAAAAUAAUCCAGGUGUAACGUAUCCUGCACAUCUAAAUUCUGAUGAGCCAUUUAUGGUUCCUGAUAAACUGUUAGUGAUACUGGACAUGGAUGAAGGUACCUUGUCAUUUAUGACAGAUGGGCAAUAUUUAGGUGUGGCAUUCCGUGGACUCAAAGGCAAGAAACUAUAUCCAGUUGUUAGUGCAGUUUGGGGACAUUGUGAAAUCACAAUUAAGUAUUACGGAGGAUUAGAUCCUGGACCUUUGCCUUUAAAAGACAUAUGUAGAAGAGUUAUAAGGCAACAAAUUAACAAAAAACGCCUUGAACUUGGACGAGUGAAUGAACUUAGUUUACCUAAAGCAUUGAAAAGUUAUCUCUUGUAUCAAGAUUGAUUUUCAACUUUAGCAUUAACUUUGUUUAUUUGGGACCACCGAUGGAGAAAGCGACAGGAUAUCACAGCAGUUAUCGGUCCAGAUUGGUUAUUGUGUGCCAUACAAAAUUCUUUCUGACGUAGGAAUUUUGAUUUGGUGGAAGAUUUCCACAUUUGAAAAAAAAAAUUAUGUAUUUACAUUUCCGUUAAGAUUUGUUUUGUCAAAAUAUGUUUAACUUCUGUAUUAUAAUGUACUUAACUUCUCCCUCUUUUAUGGGGAUGAAGAAUUUGUAGAUACAAGUCACUCCUAAAUUUUAUUUAAUAUGUCUGGUGAACUGUCCAGUUAAGUAAUCUAUUUAACAGAUUCUAGCAAGGUGUGGCAGCUACCUACCUCGACACGCUGGAACAAAAAUUGUAAACACAGUGCAAAAAUUGUAAUUAUGGUUUUGGAGUGGCGUCUUAUGUCUGUAAACUUUUUGUUAUUUUUUAUAAAAUAUCAAAUCUAUUAUCUUUUAUAGAUUUCAAUUUAGUCUGUAAAUUUUUAAAUAAAAUUAUUUGUCUUGAAUAAUUCUCA